AUGUCGAACAUACACUGUUCCCCUAUUUCUGCUCCUCCUGUGGACUUUACCGUUUUCCACGAGAUUAUGCGGGAUCACAUACAUCGAGGUAAUGAUUUUGCUGUUUUGGCUGCAUUGGCUCUUAACGUUGUGCAUGAAGACCCUCAUUUUUGGCAUACUUGUACAUACCGUAGUGGUAUUGCAGCUGCUGUAAUUGGUUCUUCCUUGAAUAGAUCUGAUAAGACGCAUCCUCAGCAAGAGAGUGAAGUAACGACAGAUGAUACUUCUCUAUCUGUAGAGCAAGAGCCACUUACAGCAAGUGAGUUAUACAUUAUAUUAAAAAGGAUUGGGAAUGAUGAUAAACUUCUCCGUCGUGUUAUUGAACAACUGGAGGAAGUACCUGCGUCUCCUAACAAUGAAGAAGAUGUACUGUCUUCCUCUCCAUCAGGGGUUGAAUUACAGGUUGACCUUGCUGAUCUUUGUACAGUACUACAUGAACGAUGUCGAAGCUGUAAAGUUAAAAAAAGCGGAGUUCUUAACGUACCACCUAAUGUUGUAAUAGAUACUCAUUCUGGAACGGCAAAACAUCUUCGUUUAUCUGAUGAUUCUAUAGAACGACGUGUCGUUCAUGUAUGUGAAUCAACUUCAAAUUUCGGUAAAAAAAUAAGUGAGGUUCAAGAUGUGGGUAAUGAUGGUGAUAUGGAUGCUGUAGGGUGUUCCGAUGCUCUUGGUGUACUGGCACGAAUGCCCGCAUUACCAGGAUCUACACGUGCUUUAACAUCCUUUGACGCUGUUGGUGACUCUCUUGAUUAUAAACGUAGUGGACAGGUAGAUCAUAUAAACCAUCGUAGUAGAAAAGGGAAUCAGUCUGUCCCUGAAAGUAGUAAAAUGGGUGGCACAAUACCUUCAGAGACUCCGUUAAAACAACGACGACACAAGUUUACUCCUGAAGAGGAUGAGGCUAUUUUGCGAGGAGUAGUACGUUUUGCACAGGGACCUGGUAGAUUCGAAAGCAUUUUUCAUGCUUACCGCGAUGUCUGGCAUCCUGGUCGAACAUCCACACAGUUGUAUGAUCAUUGGCGAGGGACUUUGCGACAACGUACAAUUCUUCAGCAAGGUGGAUAUCGUGGGAAAAACAGUAUUGCAACACGAGGAGGACCUCACUAG